CUUGGUACAACCAAUGACAGACGGCCAGUUAUGAUGCACUGACUGAGGCAUAGCCUGGACCAACAGGUGCUGUCACUCGCUGUGCAUUUGCUUAACCCUGAAGGAGAGCUGGUAAAACUACGCACAGCAACAGGAAUUGGUUGUUCAAGAUGGGAGGACGGUACAAACGAAAGGAGCCGAGAGAAAUAAGUUAUGAAACAACAGACCGAGGGGCAGGGCUCUCUCCUCUGCCAGGGGAAACCGCUACGGGUUUGGCCGAGCCUGACACACCUGUUCCCGGUGUGACUGUCCAGGAUGUGGGCGGUGGUCAAAAAGGUGCAAAAUGUUCAAUUUAUGGUGGUGAGAAGGUCUAUCUUGGAGUCCGUGUCAGAAUGCCAGUAAGAGAUCUACUGAAAAAAGUCCGCAUAGACCAAGGCUGGGAACCUCAAGACAUUCAGGAGAUAUACAGCAAAAAAAUCAAAGGACUCAAGCAACAAGUCAAAACUCGCACAGCACGGCGAACUACCAAGAGAAAACGCUCCACAAAAAGCCUGGAGGAGCUAGCAAUCAUUGUAGAGGUGCUAGAGGAGGAUCUCAGGACCGGUAAAACCUGCAGCUCCCCUCCUCAACCUCUGUCUUACUCCAACUCUCCAGUGUUUCCUGAGCGCUCUCCAACUGGUUCAGAGUACAACAGUGAUGGGUCUGAUGAAAUGAUCCCCAGCCCCCAGUUCUACAUGACCUACUCACCAGGCACAGCAGAGUACCAGCAGGCCCUGUCUCCUCCUGGCUUCAUGCAAACCAGCCUCCAGCCUUCCAGCAUUGGAAACAUUGGAAGAGUUUGUGGAGGAAGGGAGGAGUGGGCUGAUGCCCAGAAGCACGACUGGAACCUGAACAACUCUGAUUUCUUCUGGACACAGCUUCAGAAAGAGGAGAGCCAGCUCAGGGAUGUCUCAGACGCUGUACUGCUGGCCCCCCAUGGACACGGCACAACAGCUCUCCAUAAAGCGGCGUGUGUCGGGAAGAGGGCAUUGAGCUACGCUAUCGCCAAAAGGAUGGCCGCACUCAACAGUCUGGACCUCAAAGACUCUGAUGGAAUGACCGCCCUCCUCCAUGCAGCAAAGCACAACCACCACCUGAUUGUAGCAGAUCUGAUCCAUUUGGGGGCCAAUGUGAAUGAGACGAACAGCUCAGGAAUGACCUGCCUCCACCUCAGUGCUGAGAAAGGCUACAUCAGAGUCCUUGAGGUUCUAAAACACACAAUGAUGGAUGGUGUGUAUGUUGACGCUGAAGCCACUGAUAACUCUGGAAUGAGCGUCAUCCAGUGUGCUUCUGUGGCUCUGAAAGUCACAGUACGUCAGCUGAAAAGCAGUAAAUCCUCCAAUCACACCAGACUCCACACGCUGCGCCAAGAGCAGAUGAUGGAGACCCUGAAGUGUCUGCUGCAGAUGGGCAGCUACCUUCAUACCAUGGAGAGCCAGAGUAUGCGAGCUAGAAUUGGCCGAAGCUGUGGCACUUCCGCCCGGCAGGGCUUUUUGGAGACCCGACAGUAAUGUUCUGAAUUGGUUCAGGCUUGAAUUCGAACGGAGAGAGUUUCUUCUCUCUCUAAACUUGAGUUCAGGCCUUUUAGGUAAAGCAUCUGGAGUUUUGUGUGUUGUAAGAAUGCCUGACUUGCAAUCAGGUAUUUAUUGUAACCUGCACAGAAACAUUAGGUGCCCCGUUAAUUGGUUUCUAUGAAACUUCCAUUGUUUGUUACAUUAGAGUAACAAGUUGUCCUCAGUUAGUGUGUCUGUGGAGAUCAAAAUGUAAAAUUCUAUGAGAAUAUUUUUUUGAAUAUGAUAAACUAAUGGUUUGUUUUUGGCCCUCAAAUACAAAAAUGUCCUGCAGGGAGGGAAAGUGACCUAAAACAAGGUUUUAUAUUAUAUUGUAAUAUUAAAGCAGUAGUGCCACAGUUUGUAGUUCAGUACUGUACACAGUAUAAUACAAAACGUCUGUGAUUCCAAACACAAGGCUGAAGAACUGCCUGAUCGAUAAAUGAAUAAGAUUAUUCUCUUGGAAGAAUGGGACAUUUUCCCUCCCCACGGGUCCAGCUUGAUUUGUAGCCAAAGACAUUUAGAGCCAUAUCAUUUACAUAUCAGAUCUUUUAAAGAACGAUUAUACUAGAGGACAUUAAAGUAAGUGUUGUAGGGUGAUGGGGAGUAAAUCCACUUUCAUUGACUGUCAUGUGUAAUGAGUUCUGGUUCUGUUUAUGCAUUACCUCAUAGCACAUUGUCAGGUGUUUGUCCAUGUAAACUGUACUUUGUCAAAUGUAAUGAAAUGUGAUCUGCCUGUGACCUGUUGCCUAAAGGCCUGUUGUUUUCUCACUGAGAGGAUGCAGUUUAAUCUCUUUGUGUUCUAUAGAGAAGCAUUCAAAAUGUGUUUAGCCUAGUAAGCUUCACUCAAUGACUUGAAAAGCAAGGCUAGCAAAGUCAAAGAUGCCUAAAAAGCCAAAAAGUACACAUUGUAUCAGCUGUAAUUAAUAUGUGCAGAAGUAGAAAACAAAACAUUGUGGCCUGACCAAUGGUUAGCUCACGCAUUGAAGCUAACAAACCUAGUUGCAGUGACACAGCAUUAUAUUAUAGUAUGUCUGCCAGAGUUGGCAGCUUUCUCCGAACAAAACUCAGGUCAUUCUUGGAUGUACUGGUGGUGAGCCAGCUGACUUACAAUAUACAACGUGUAAACAAGACAAUGUUGUAGACAACAUGUCUACGGCGCCCUACUGUGCCUCUGAUUGGCUUACCGUGAUACUCUAACCCUAACCAAUCUCACGCCUCAACCUGUCCACCCGAAGGCGAAGGCAACGAGUGCUAGCCAAUCAGAAGCAGAGUAGGGUGGGUCAUGCCUUCGUCAUAGUAGUAAUUCAGUGUCCUGGGAUACAGAUAAAAGUAUAAAUAUAUAAAGUUGUAGUGCACGUAAAGGUUUUUGAAAAUGAGUAGUCGUAUAUUAUUACUUUCUCACAUAUUUUAGGUGUUUUUGGGAAUGGUGCCUCAGUUGGUUAAAGCCAUAUGGUCUAUGCAAUGACUAGUUUACUUUACUUUGUUAUUAUUGUUAGGGAGUAUCAGGAUGCUCAAUAUGCUCGUAUAAGCUUUAAAAGUGAUGUGAUGGCAUAUUGUUUAGUCUUCUUUGGUCUAUGUUUUAGUGAUGAUAAAGAUGUGGUAGACCACAGCUACAAUGAAAGGUUUUGACUUGGAACACAACCUUAGACCUGUAGAGCACUUCCUUUGGUUUAUAUGUGUAUUGCUAGUCAACAGGGCAGCUUUUAUUGCUGAUUAACGAGUCAUGAAAUAGUAGCCUACUAAAAUAUAAUCAAAAACGUACUCACUCUUGAAUAAGAAAUAAUUGUGUUAAAUACAGUAUCUUGCAUAUUAAUUUUUAUACUUAUAAUGUUGGGGAUUAUGUUAUAAUGAAUCAAUUGUCUUAUAGGUGCUUAUUUGACCUUGCAGGGGUGUCAUAGUUUAUUCACCUCGUGAACGUGAACAUGUGUUGAUGUGUACAGAGGGGUUGGGGAUUCUGCUUUCUGUUUGCCUUCCAGUGUUUUCUAUUAUCAGAGAUGAGGCAAAGGUUUGAGUUUACUAUAGAAAACUAAUGAGUCAUUGUGUGAUUCUGCUUUCAAUUUUAAAGACAUAUUAUUUUAUAAAUCAUGUGAUAUUUGAUGAAUUGAAUGGAGUUAUAGCUCAAACUGUAUUUUUAAAAACAAACAGUAAUUACCAUUGGUGGUGGGCACAAUGCAUGCUUCUGUAACACCAUGUGCUUUGUCAUCUUAAAUUGCUCAAUAAACAUCCGU